AUGCAUUUCUCAAUUCCCCUCAUCCUCGCUGUUGCAGGACUGUCCGCAGCUGCCCCCACCACUUCUCCGAACACUUCGCUGGGCCCUGUGACCAUCAACGAUAUUGUCGACCCCAUAAUCAGCAACGACAAAAACAUUCUUGAGAAACGAGUCGAUAUGGGCACCGUCAUUGCCUUCGGCAGUGGCGAAUGGAUGAACAAGGAUCAAAUGGAAAAGGGCAUCGAUACUUGGUGUUCAAGCAUNNGAACGGACAAGUGGUUCCACGAGGAAAAUCACUAA